AGUUCGGUAGAAGUUUGUUCGCCGCGUGUCGUUGUCGUUGUUGUUGUGAUCGUUGUUGCCAGUAGUGUGCCCCGGAGAUCGCGUGCUAUGGUCAGGCUGGAGCAGGGCCUGCAGCGCUGCGUUUGUUUCGUUUGUUAGUUCGCCGUGCUCCGAGCUCCGAACUCGUCCGAACUCCGUUAAGGUCUUCUCGAUAAAACAAAAAAUCAUGUUAUUUCGCCGCUCGACCAACUCGAUCGUGUUGCUGAUCUUCGGUUGUCUGCUCAUCAUAGAUGGCCAUGAGGAGACGAAGACGAGCCGCACCAAACGGGGGCGUAACGUGCGAACGUCCGGAUCGCCACAAAGUGCGGCCGUAGAACCGAGCCAGGACCUGCAGGAUACCGGCGCAGCAAGUAGCAGCAGCAACAGCAACAACAAUCAGCAGGAUGUGGCCGUCAUACCGCCCGGAUUUCUGAGUCCCUCGGUUCAGGAGUACCUCGAGCUCGGCAAGUCCAUACCCGGUCGACCGGGGACAGAUUAUCCAAUCCUGGCCGCGAUCCCGUACACCAACUUCUACUGCGACGAACAGGAGUAUCCGGGCUUCUUCGCCGAUAUGGACACACGGUGUCAGGGAUGGCAUUAUUGUGACAUCGAUGGACGGCAAGCUACCUUCCUCUGCCCGAAUGGGACGCAGUUCUCGCAAGCCGUCUUCGUCUGUGACUGGUGGUUCAACGUGCGCUGUGAUCUCUCCCCCCGGUUGUACUCGAUCAAUGCCCGGCUCUACCAGCGGCCAAAGAUUAAUCCGACGCAACCGCACCGCGUGAUAACGAGGCAGCUGGUCGACGAGAUAUUCAACGUUUAACUCAUCGUUUCGUGCGAGGAGUCGUCAGCCGGAGGCCCUCUACCGUCCUCUGUUUCGUUGUAACGUAUUUAUUUUUUCUUUCGUCUUUAUUUGUGUUUGCUAAGAUCGAACACAUGCGAUCGCGAGUGUUCCGUAUUGUCCCGUCGAAUGUAUUAUUUAGAUUUUGUACAAAAAAAAAGAGAAAAAGCACCAGUGG